CCUCCCUGCGUGCUGCGCGCGUCGCGCUCGGAGGUCGGCGCCGCAGUCCUCGCUGCCGCCAUCAUGUCGACAGCAAUGAACUUCGGGACCAAGAGCUUCCAGCCGCGGCCGCCGGACAAGGGCAGCUUCCCGCUGGAUCACUUCGGUGAAUGUAAAAGCUUUAAAGAGAAAUUCAUGAAGUGUCUCCGAGACAAUAAUUUUGAAAAUGCCUUGUGCAGAAAUGAGUCAAAAGAAUAUUUAGAAUGCAGAAUGGAGAGGCAACUGAUGGCACAGGAGCCACUGGAAAAACUGGGAUUCAGAGAUCUGAUCGAUGGAAAACCAGAAGCAAAAGACAAAUGCUAAUGGAAGACUGCUGGGCUGCACUCAGGGGCAUCUGUGAUGGAGCCCGCACACGACACGGCGCAACCCUGAGGUCUGCUCUGCAAUGUCCCUUAAAAUGAGGCUUUGGGGGCCCGUGGAGCUCUCGACAAGAAGUCAGGAUGGUGAUGCCUUCUUCACAGAUUUGCCUCAUAGCUGUCGGGGAGGUGGGGUGUGCGUAUCCUGAACCUCCCAGAAUAAUGUUCAAAAACUGUUAUUUCUUUUAGAUUCUCACUUUCCCCUAAGAGGGAAUUCUGUUUUGUCUUUAAAUCUGAGUGCGUGGCCAGGUUCAGAGGGGCUCAUGGCAGGAAGUAAGAGUGCCGGGUGGUGGUUCCAUUAGCACGGGGGUGCCGCAUCCCGUACAGUGGUCAGUCUACGGCCUAAGACCCUGAGUACUUUCCAGCGCUCCUGUGACAAAUGCUCACAGAUUUCAGUCUGUCAUUAGACAAGUAUUGUCAGAAGGUAGCCAUUCUAGCAAAAUGCUUUCUCUUUUGUACUCAGAAGUGCACAUGCCAGUUUAUUUCCUCCUUUUACCAAAAUAGAGUACAAAACAGGAAGUGAGAAAAAUUCUGGCUUUUGAUUUUGACCUGAGUUUCCUGGUUGUGCCUGAGCACCAUGUAUCUUUCUAAUAAAAAGAUCAUUUUCUG